AUGGCGCCUUCUGUGCUUCCCUCACUACAUACUCUCGCCCCACCGUGCGUAGGCUGCCGCAGCGGUACCAAUGGCUUGAUACUCGGUGGCUCCUGGCAAGGUCUCGUCGGCGUCCCCGGUUGGAAUCGCUGUGCUCCUAGGCGCUACAUAAGAGUGGAGGCCAAAGCGAGCCCUAGGAAGGAGAGCGCCAAGGUCAGAAACCGUAGGCUUCAGAAGAAGGUAAAUCCUGGACGAUCCACCCUUCCGUGUGAGGUGCUGAUAUCUAAAUCACAGUCAUCAGCGGACAACCCGAACGACAGUGGACGAUUUUUUUGCCAAAAAUGACAGUUUUUGUUGGGAAUAUCAGUAGUCGGCGGGGAGGGGCGGAUAGAAUGAGUCAGGAGGGAGAGAGAGAGGGGAUUAUGCUGAAUGAUAGUUCAUGAUUAUCCUACAAUUGGUGAUCUCUCUGAGGAUCGAAAGCGCGGUUCUAAUCACAGUCCAAGGAAGUGUAUUUUAAUUGUAGUCAUCAUCAGGAAAAAAUAAAAAUAAAAAAAUAUGAUCCUGAAUUCGGGUCCGUGACUUUGGAGAAGUCGCCACAAAUGUCAUUCACAACUUCAGGUGGCUCAUCAGAAAGGCGCCUCUUGCCGUUUAUUUGUAGAUAUUUCUUCCUUUCUUGAACGGGUUAUCUUGGUCUUAAUACUCCAAUUCAGCGGUGUAGUCCUGCCAUUAAUUUAAACAUAUUAUUGUUCUAUGCUGUGCGAAUUUUUCUGAUAUUUUUCUUUAUCUGAACAGCAAAAUGGCACUCCCACUAAGCCAAGGCUCUCGGUCUUCUGCUCCUCAAGCCAACUAUAUGCAAUGCUGAUUGAUGACCAGAAUAAGAAGACCCUGUUCUAUGCGAGCACUCUCCAGAAGAGCAUUCGCGGCAGCCCAGACUGCUCCACUAUUGUAAGAUCUCUCUCCAUGUGCUUCCUAUUCUCAUCUGUUUGUUUAAUCCCGUGUUAAAUGUUACCAAAUAUCUUUCACACCGAAUUAUCCAUGAUGAUCUCACAUGACUUGAAAAAGUCCACUCUCAGUUAUAGAUUACGAUUAGAAGCCGGCUGUCAACCCUCUGACUUGGUGUUUCCAAAUUUCGUCGUUUUGCUAGUCCACUCACUUGAAAGAACCAAGAAAAAAAAAAGAAAAAAAAGAUACUGAAUCGGUUUGGAUUGCUUUCAUCUGCUUACAAUUUAACAGAUGAUUAAUGCUGGGACGCAGACUCUUGACUUAUGUGGUCUUAAUUAACCAAUCAAAAGAGUAAUUAAUAGGGUCCCCUCUGUUCAAACAUGUUCUCAUUUGGAAUCCAUCUCUCUUGCUUAAUGCUUUGUGAGGAGCAGGACGCUGCUCAAAGGGUCGGUGAAGUGGUCAUCAAGGCCUGCUCAGAGUUGAAGAUCUCUGAGAUAUCAUCCUACGAUCGGAACGGAUUCGCUAGAGGGGAGAGGAUGCGGGCUUUUGAGAUCGCCAUCGCGGAGCAUGGAUUCUUGCCUCGUUGA